AUGUCCAACCGAACGUUCAACCGUCUGUGGACCAGUUCACAAAAGGAUCUGGAAAAGCUAGCGGUCAACGAUUUCGAAUACCAGGCUAUUGAGGCGCAGCACGAUCGCACCGAAAUCCAGGGCCAGGUGUACGAACUGUACCUGCGGUAUAUUGUGAUUGCCAAUAAGUUGGAGGAAAUUUACGAUCAAAUUGUUCAGCCUCAGAAGCGGAUUCUGAUACGGAAGCUGCUGGACAAUGUCCUGGGACGGGUGCUCGAGUUGAAGCAUGAUUUGGUAAUCAUUGAUAUGAUGGAGUUUAGCUACAACGACACUGUGGUGGAGAAGCUGAGCCUGACUCCGCUCAGUAUGGAGCUCACUGUGCCGAAAUACUUCCGAAGGGAGAAGGAAGAGAUGCUGAACGAGCGGAGGAAGUUUAUGGAUGAUAUAUUGCGGCGAAUUGGUGCUCUGGAUGAGGAAAUUGUUGAGGAGGAAUGGUCCGAAUUGGACGCUAUUAAAAUCAUUCAGACUCAUGAACGAGCCCGACAGGGACGGUUGAGAGCUCAGUUCAUGAAGGAAUUAAAACUGCUGAAGGAGAAAGGUAAGCCGGACAGUAGCCGGGAUAAGUCUUCAACGGGACUGAAUGCCGCAAUGAAAAUUCAAAAAGUUUGGAGAGGUUAUGCGACUAGACGACAGACCCGACGGAGGAAGAUGGAAGAAAUGAUCCUGAUCGGAAUGAUACCACCUCAGGUCACUACAACGCGAACAGCGGUUGAUGAAUUGGACGAAGCAAAAUUGAUCCGAUACAAGCAGCAGAAGGAUUUCCAAGAUGAAUACGAAAACUCGCUGGUUCGCGUGAAAGAUGAAAUUUACUCCAAGCAGGGAGCUGCUAUGAAAGAGGACAUUGCCGAUGAAAUCCGCACCUGGUUCAAGGAGUAUCAGAAACGGACCGGACGUUUGCCGGAUUUUCCCUCGGAGGAGGCCGGUGGUUCCCGCCAUCUGUUGAGCCGUCAGGCCACGGAAAGUGAGAUGAGCCGGUCAUCCGUGAUGUCCUCUCGGGAGAGUAAAUUGAAGUCCUCCAAGGACCCCAAGUUGCAACAGAAGAGACCUGGGGAGGUUUCGCUCGAGGAAGGAUUGGAUAAAGCAUUCAAACCGAUGCAAUCCUCGUUUCUUCCGGAGAUUAAGAAUGGCAUUGACGAGUACAUCGAAAUUUGGAAGGGCAAAGACGAAUCACAUAACCUUCGACAGACGUACUACGACGAUAUGAUUUUCGAGGAAAAGUUCGCCGACGUUGAGACGGAACUGAGAAGAAUCGUGGAUGACAUAAUGCGACAAGAGUUGGACCUGCUGCAGAUUGCGUUGGAUAGAGACCGAGCCCAGAAAGGAAAGAAAACCAAGAAGGGCAGUAAGAAGGCACGUCGCAGUGGUAAGAAGGGCAAAAAGAAACGCGAGAAAGAUUUAACCCCAGAUCGCACGACGGAGUCUCUGUUUGAGGAGUUGCUAACGAAUGGUAUAAUCAAGAAGUUUUCGGAAACUCCGAUUGAGUCCUAUGUGGGGGAUUUGAGCUACGCUGCCCGAAGCGCUCUGAAUCCUUCACCGGGAGAUGUUCGUCAUCUCAUCAAACAGUACUGCAUCCUUCCACUGGGUUCUGAAACCAUCCGUAAUUUUGGACCGUGCAUCAAAUCCCUGCUCAUAGCCGGUCCAAAGGGUUCAGGAAAGACCUCUCUAGUCCAUGCAAUCUGCACCGAAACGGGAUCGGUUCUGUUCGACAUUUCACCGGCCAACAUUGCCGGUAAGUAUCCAGGUAAAUCGGGUCUGAUCAUGUUGAUGCACUUGGUAUCGAAGGUUUCUCGGCUGCUUCAGCCAUCGGUCAUCUAUUUUGGGGACGCCGAGAAGCCUUUUAUGAAGAAAGUUCCAAAAACAGACCGCACCGAUCCAAAGCGUUUGAAGAAGGAUUUGCCCAAGCUGGUGAAGAACAUCAAUGCGGAGGAUAGAAUCAUGCUGAUUGGCACAUCCAACUGUCCCUGGGAGGCGGACAUGAAGCUGAUGGUACAGACGUACCAGCGGUUUGUCUACAUUCCUCGGCCGGAUUACGGUGCGCUAUCGUACGCCUGGAAGGAAAUGUUGAGCCACUAUAGCGGUGUUCCACGGCAGUUCGAUACGGGCGCAAUGGCGAAAAUUUCCGACGGUUACACGAUAGGUUCGGUAGCAAAGUGUAUUCGGGAGGUAAUCACGUGCAAACGGAUGCUGCAGCUCAGGACGCAACCGUUGACGCAUUUGGAGCUGAUCAAUGCUUUGAGCGCACUGGAACCGGUGUACAAGGAGGAAGAGGAAGCUUUCAUGUACUGGUGGUGCAAGACUCCUCUCGGCCGGCGUCGGUCGAAGCAAAUGGAAAUGGAGCACGAGGCUCGGAUGGAAAUCGAGAACAUUAUGCUUCUUUCGCUGACUGCUGGUGGCGUUGGCCUGAAUCUCGUGGGUGCUAAUCACAUGCUGCUGUUGGAUCUGCACUGGAAUCCCCAGCUGGAAGCGCAGGCUCAGGAUCGUGUGUACAGAGUUGGCCAGAAGAAGGCCGUUUACGUGUGGAAGUUCAUGUGCAUCGACACGGUGGAGCAAGCGAUUCGGAUGCUGCAGCAAAAGAAGAUCGAAAUCGCCAAUGAAGUACUUACCGGCACCAAGCAAACGGGAAGCAAACUCACAAUCGACGAUCUCAAGACACUGUUUGGGCUGUAGGUAAGCUGAAGAAGAAGCAGCAGCAGCAGCAGUCAAGUGGGUCGGAUCUGUGAUAUCGGGGUUUAUGUCAAGAAGAUUUUUCGUUCGUGUCCGUUCUUCCGAUGUUCAGGUCGCCGUCAGUCGGCCGUAGCAGUAUGUGUAGAUGUUAGAAACUUGUCAUUAAUGAAAUAAAUAGAGGUUUUUUUGCCGCACAU